AUGGUGAUGAUGGGGAAUGCAAAUGUAUGCUCAGACGUGGUGGGAGUGGGAAAUCCUUGUAAUGCAGCACCAGGAGGGGCCUGCUACAACGAUUGUAUUGCGAAGCAUUCUAAUGGGAAGGCAGUGUGCGAGGGAGGCACUUGCAUGUGCUAUUACGAGUGUGCGGGUCCUCCCACCAAGAAAUGUAAUGUGGGUUUGGGAAGGUGCAGUGCUGAUUGCCAAGAUCAAUGCUGUGCCUCCAAGUGUUCUUCUUCCCAUCCUGGUGGUGUUGGCUACUGCGAUGACAGUUUGGGCAAGCAAAAUGCCUUGUGUCAAUGCCAGUACCCUUGUUAG